AUGGGCAGUUUGAGAGUACCUCUGAUUCGCUUGCGAGUGCCAAUUCUAUUCUUUCGAGACUCAUCAAGACCGAUCAAUUUACGCAAUGUAGGCUACGUCAACAGCCGAGUAUCAAGUCAUCUGAGAUAUACAAGGCGAUCAUACUCAUCUCAACCAAAUGAGAACAACCGCAUUACAUUCCAGCCCGGAAACCGACUUGCCGGCCGAAAAUGCAUGAUCACCGGUGGGACAUCUGGCAUCGGCUUUGCCAUUGCCGAGCGAUUUCUACAAGAAGGCGCAUCGACCAUAGUCCUCGUCGGCCGAUCUCAAACACGCCUAGAGGAAGCGGCCGCAAAGCUUGGGUCUCUCGCAAUCACACCACCAGAUCUUGGUGAAAGCGACGCUGAAAUUGCAACUCGAACCCCAGAAGAAGACAACCAGCAAAGCACGCAAGGGAAGAUUCGUCUACUUGUCGGAGAUGUCUCAGAUGCCGGGUCAUGGAUGCGUGAACUCGAAAAGGAAAUGGCAAAUGUAGACAUCCUAGUCAACGCAGCAGGCAUUUCGAUAUCAAAUAUCUUGCCAAGAUCCGAGCUGGAAGAUAUCUCCACCAUCCUACGUACUAACCUCGAAGGCGCAGUACUCACUUCGCGCGCAUUAAUGCGUGCCUCUAUACGGAGCCGGAUACGGAAUCGCACCCCCUCGAAAUGCAUUAUUAACGUCUCCUCUUUACUCGCACUCAAGGGCGGAACUGGCGCAGUUCCAUACGCAGCUUCCAAGGCGGGCCUUCUCGGUCUGACACGGUCAUUGGCUGCUGAAGCAUCGGCUUCGAUGAAAGAUAUUGUCAUUCGGUCGAAUGCUAUUGUACCGGGGUAUAUUGAUACACCCAUGGUUGCAGAUUUCACACCCGGGGAGACGAGCAGGCUGAAAGAUCUCAUUCCUCUUCAUCGAUUUGGAGAUCCACGAGAGAUUGCUGAUGCAGCUGUGUUCUUGGCACAUAAUGAAUAUGCCAACAAUUGUGUGCUCAAUCUCGACGGUGGAUUGAGUGCCAUUUGA